AUGCGUAUCCUAGCUAAUUUCUUCGCCCACACUCUCUACGCCGUGGGGCUGCUUCUGCUCUUGAGCCCGUACGCCCUAUCUCAUAGCUAUCCUUCAACCGCCAUCGAUAAACAAUGCCCAUCAGAUAGUCCGGUGGGACUGCAAUCGGCAGGGCAGUUGGGAUGCCCGCGCCCAAUUGAGAGCACUGCCAGCCGGCCCAUCGACUGGUCACCCUGGACGCAUCCGCCAGAGUGUUUACAUGAUGGGAAAUCCCUAGGAACUAGGUAUUGCGUAUUCACCAAUUCACGGCAUGGAAAUGGAGGCGUCAGCAUUAUUACGACCCCCGAAACUGCGGCGAAUAGCAUCCAAAUAUUGGAUGACUCGGGCUACAUCCACACAAAGUCACUUACCAGUAGCAGCGCAGAGACUGGAUACAGAGUGGUUGAAAUCCCUGGAAAAGGGAAGGGGAUGGUUACGACACGUCGAAUCAACCGCACCGAAGUGAUUAUGGCGGACUGGGCUGCGGUGAUUGUAGACCUAGACUUCCCAACGUCGGUGAAACGAGAGCUGGGAUAUCAUCUACUUCAUAGGGCUGCUGAUCAGCUACUGGACCCGGAUCGUGUGCUCGAGCUGGCACGUAGCAGUGCCUUUUCAGCUGACAUCAUGGAGGAUGUACUGAGAACAAAUGGGUUUUCAUACCCCCUAUCUGGCGAACCUCACAUGGCCCUCUACCCUAGCGUCUCUGAUCAAUCACGCGUGCCGCCCAAAGUAAGCAGCAUCUAUGACCUCGGAAGUGAGACAAUAACUGAAAGACCGCGCCCCUUCACCCUUAGCGCUUUUAUUAGGUUUACGCCGACGAGCUUAGCGGUCAGCGUUGUGGCCCUGAGAAACAUUGAGCCCGGAGAGGAGAUUAGUAUCACCUGUAUGAUAAGUUGUUCAUUCGGUGGUAUCCUGGAUCUGCUGCUAACGAUAUCCUUCGCGUACCCAAAUACAGACGUUCCGAUGGGAAAGACUAGGGUAGAAAGACAAAGAGCAUUGAAAAAAUGGGGAUUCAAUUGCGAAUGCGCGCUCUGUACCGCAUCCAAAGUCGAAACAGCGGCCUCGGAUUAUCGUAUGACAAAGAUCAAGACGAUGCGUGAAGAAGUGUUAGAGGCGGUCGAAGCGCGGGAUGGGAGAAAAGCAGUCAAGCUUACAAAAGAAGUGUUAGAGCUUAUGCGAGCUGAAGAACUGACACCACUCUACGCAAGCCAAUACGAGAUUAUAGGGCGACUGUACUGGAAAGGGGGAGACAUGCAGACAGCAACUGAGUAUGCACGAAGAUCGAUAGAUACACUGGUGGACCUCGGGUAUCUUGAGAGUAGUCCGAACGCACUUCCAGAAUUGCUGAAGUCCUUUGAUAGCUAAAAAGGGAAAGCCUGGGGGUUAUAGAAGCAGACAUAACUGGUAAGUGUGUUCGUUUACAGCAUAUAUGUAAAUAGGUUGAGUACGAAGUAUGCGGAUGGAGAUGGAGAUGAGAUAAGAUGAGAUAAAUAAAUAGGGGGACUUACUGUAUGUACGUCACUGGUUCUAAUUAGAUUAGUAAUGGCUAAAUUCAAUAUCACAUGCAGUACCUAAAUAGUUACCCCACCUAGUACAUAACGGUUCUAACCACAUUGCACUUCAAGUUUGUACAUAACUAGGUUAGGUUAAUACGUAC